UGUGAUUAGGUGGAAAAAAGUUUGAGUUCUCUAUGUGUCUAUAUAUGCUGAAAUAGGAAACAUUUUCAUCACUACUCAUAGCUUGUAAAAAUAAUCACUUUAUUACACUUCUCUUGUCUUUUCAUUUUCACACAACCACUCUCUUUCACUUCAUCAUAACAAUGGCAGAUUGGAGUGUUUUCAAGAACAAAACCACAAGUUUUUAUGAUGGUUCAAAAGAGGAACAAGACAAUGAUUUUGAUGAAGAAGAUGUUUGGGGUGAUUUUGGUUCAAAAAAAAUCAAAAGGGUAUCUAAGGAUUCUUCUGGUUCUUCUUCUUCUUCUUCUUCCUCUGCAAGAAAAAACAUUCCAAAGGCUAAUACUACAUUGCUACCUGUUGUUUCUGAUGACCCUUUUGUUAGAGGGUCAUCAGCACCUAUGAACAUUCCUGAUUGGUCAGAAGUUUAUGGUAAGAAUUGUAAGAAUGGUGGUUUGCAUGAUGAUGGAGAUGAUUAUGGUGAUGAUGAUGAAGAUGGUGAUGUUGUUCCUCCACAUGAAUGGAUUGCUAAGAAGCUUGCAAGGAAUCAGAUUUCAUCUUUUUCUGUGUGUGAAGGGAUGGGAAGGACACUUAAAGGGAGAGAUCUUAGCAAAGUGAGGAAUGCUAUUUUGACCAAAACUGGCUUCAUUGAGUAGUUAAGUUAAGUACUUUUUUUUUCUUUCUAAGUUGAGUAGUUAAGUUAAGUACUUUUUUUUAAGUUGAGGAGUUAAGUGCUUAGUGGCUUCAUAAAAUAGUUAAGUUUCAAAUUUUGGUAUUAUGACUAGCCAUAGAACUAUUAUCUAUCAUUUGUAUGACUUAGAUCCCAUGCAAUUGUUUUCUUUUUAUUAUUAUGUUAUUCUCAGUCUCAUUAAUAUUAUAUAUUAGUUUUAGUAUGGUAUAUGGUGUUAUGCUGUUAUACCUUUUUGAACUUAAAAUGGAAGCACUACUAAAUGAUGAAGCCAGAGC